AUGCUGACUCUGGAGGACAACCCAUUUCUGCCAGCUCCAUUUCUAGUUGAGUUUGGCAAGUUGACACACCUCACAUACUUGUGGCUGUCGGGUAUGAACAUGACAAGUGAGAUACCUGAGAGCAUAUCAAGCCUCAUAGAGCUCAGCCUCUUGGUCGUGACAACUAAUAUGCUGCAAGGCCCAAUUCUGACAUGGGUAUGGCGGCAUAAGAAGCUUCGGUACUUGUACAUGUUUAACAAUGGUUUGACAAGCGAGAUUUCAUCCAGUGUCACAGCCGUAAACUCGGUGGAGCUUGAUGUGUCCUCAAACAAUCUAACAUGGUCAAUACCAGAUGACUUUGGUAAGCUGAUCAACCUUACCCUGUUGUUUCUAUACAUUAAUCAACUUCAUGGGUCAAUACCGCCAAGUAUUGGGUUGCUGCCGAAUCUCAGAGACAUCCGGCUAUUUGAGAACAUGUUAACUGGUUCUCUUCCACCAGAGCUCGGAAGGCACUCACCGCUAGUCAAUCUUGAAGUCUGUGACAAUAACCUUUCUGAAUCGCUAGACGGUUACUGUCUGUUGAACAAUUUAAUGUUGUACAACAAUCAUUUUACUGGAGAGUUCACCAAGAGCAUCUGGUCAGUAGUGACAAAUCAGCUAAUGACAGUUAUGAUCCAAAACAACAAUUUCUCUAGGACCUUUCCUACCCAGCUACCAUGGAACUUUUCAUGUCUUGAGAUGAGCAACAACAGAUUCUCUGGUCCCAUUCCAACUUUAGCAUGCAAAAUGGAAGUAUUCAGGGAAGUAAAUAACUUGCUUUCUGGCCAAAUUCCCUAG